AUGGAAGACCCACCGUACGUCGCAUGGAUGAAGGAGCAGAAAAAGCAGGGGAAGCUGUCCCCUUCCAUCAAGCGUAUUGCAAAGGCAAAGCACGACUCUGCUGGCGCCUCUACUAGAGGAGGAUCGCGGCGUGACUACGAAGAAAGCGCCGACACGGACGUCAGCGACGACGAUCUCGAGGAGAUCGUGUCGGAAUCGGACAGUGAUGCCGAUUCCGACAACUACAAGGAGGGUAGUGACGACGACGACGAAGAUACAGACGGAGGCGAAGAGGGAAGCUGCGACGACCGCAGCACUCGCGCGUCGAAGAAGGAGAAGCGCCCGCCAGCACCGCGCAACAAGCGGCAGUGGUCGGACGCUGAGCUGACAUCACUCGCGGCCGCCCGUUGGAACACAAAGGACGACCUGAAAGCGAUGCAGGGCAAACAAGGGAGCCAGUACUGGAAGAAACUGCGUGCGCGCAUAGUCGAAGGGGAUGCCGAUUGGAACCGCGAUGAGGGGCAGAUGUCGAACGCGUGGAAACUCCUUGAGAAGAAGUACCUGAAAACGAAGCGUGGGGAGGGGCAGAGCGGCGGGAAAGCAAUCAAGAAGAAGCCGUGGGGGGAAAUACGUGCCCAUCAUCUCAGGGUCAGCAGCGUGGUGCCCGACGUGGAGCCGCAAACCCAGGUUAGUUCCUGCCUUAGAGAGCAGUGA